AUGAUCAGAAGCCUCAACAGGAUCACUCUCCUGGUCCUCUGGCUCUCCUGCCUCUCACCGUGUAAGGAAGUCCAUCAGGGUCCACCAGCCAUCUUGGGACGUCUUCAUGAUUCUGCAACAAUCAGCUGCAGCCAUUCGAUCGGUUCAUACGACACAAUGUUGUGGUACCAGCAGCCGACGGGUGACUCUGAGCUCAAACUGAUCGGAUAUGUUUUCUACAGUAGCCCGAUUGUUGAAAAGCCAUUCAGUGAUAAUUUCAAAGUAACCGGAGACGGCUCAAAGAAAGCUGAGCUUCAUGUUCUGAAACUUAGACAUCCAGAGGACAGCGGUGUGUAUUACUGUGCUGAUUGGCCUGGUUAUGUACCUGUCUUCGGAUAUGGAACUAAACUCACUGUUCUGGGUAAGUCUGAAAAAUAUUCAAACCGUUCUAUCACCCCGCCAACAGUGACGGUGCUUCGACCUUCACAAAACGAGUGUCGAAACAACAAAGACGAGAAAAGGAGGAAGACCUUGGUGUGCGUGGCCUCUCGUUUCUACCCGGACCACGUGAGUGUGUUCUGGCAGAUCGACGCGGUAAAUGUGGAAACGGAUGGCGUGGCGACCGACAACGCUGCCCUGUGGGAAGGUGAACAUUACAGCAUCACCAGCAGGCUGAGGGUCCCGCUCAGGGAGUGGUUCACACCAGGCAAGAAGUUCACCUGCACCGUCAGCUUCUUCAACGGGAACGAGACCGUGCACCGUUCAGACUGGGUCGAAGGCGUUGAAGGACCAGGAGCUGGAGCGAUAAGAGAGAAAUAUUUGAGGAUCACGCACACUGCCAAGCUGUCCUACGUUGUUUUGAUCUUCAAGAGCAGCAUCUUUGGAGUCUUUGUGGUGUUUCUGGCGUGGAGGCUUCAGGUUGGUCCAACCUGACUCAUUGUGGUGUCCCUGUACCAAAGAAAUCCCACUGGAAGUGUUGUACUUGCCAUAGAAAAUGGCUCUGUGAAUACUGAAUGAAACGCUCAUGGCCAGGAGGUGCAUUUAAGCCCCUAUCAGACAUUGAAUACAUAACAUUGUUGGCUUCAUCUGUCUGUUAAAGUGAUGGCUUUCUGUCAGAACAAAAGUGUCCGUUAUGUAAAUGUUAGUUAAGGCUUCAUGCCGAGCGGACACGACAGGACUGUUACAGAAAGAGUCACAAUGCUCGUGCAAGAAGGAUAGUGGCACCACUGAGACCUGGGCUGUGGUCCAAUAGUGUUUUUUGCUAGGGAAGGUUCCUAACUGAGUUAAAUGACCCAGAAGUAUCAAAGUAGCAGCCAUGGGGUUAGGGUUAGGGUUAGGUUUAGGUUUAACCUUAACCCUAACCCAGCCAUGAUAAGAGCUGUUGGAAUUCUCUGAAUGCUAAG